UCCGCGCCCGGCGCCCUCGCCGCCUUCUCCUCCUCUUGCUCCUUCGGCGCAGCCCGAGUUGCUCGCGGCGCCGCAAGCACCACGUUCAGAUCCGGCUCCAGCGCUCUCCUGCCGCCGCCGCCUCUUUGGCACCCUCUUUUUCGGGGGUCCCCACGAGAAGCCGCCCCGUUCGCCCCCUCGGGUUACGCCUCUGCGCCGCUGGCGGAGCAAAGCCAGGCCAGGCCCAGGCAGGCAGCAGCGGCGUGCUUCCUCCUCCUCCCGGAGCAGACGCAGCGGCCCCGGCGGCAGUAGCGGCCUUCCUCCCUCCUCCCUUCCGGGUCCUCCUCCUCCGCGGCCAUGAGCGGCUGGAACUGCUACAUCGACAACCUGAUGGCGGACGAGACCUGCCAGGACGCGGCCAUCGUGGGCUACAAGGACGCGCCCUCCGUCUGGGCCGCCGCCCCGGGCAAGACCUUCGUCAACAUCACGCCGGCAGAGGUGAACAUUCUGGUGGGGAAGGACAGGAGCAACCUGUUUGUGAACGGCCUGACGCUGGGGGGCCAGAAGUGCUCUGUCAUCCGGGACAGCCUGCACACGGAUGGAGAGUGCACCAUGGACCUGCGGACGAAGAGCACCGGGGGGGCCCCCACCUUCAACAUCACAGCUGCCAUGACCAACAAGACGAUAGUCCUUGUGAUGGGCAAGGAAGGGGUCCACGGCGGAUGCGUGAACAAGAAGUGCUACGAGAUGGCCAACCACUUGCGGCGGUCGCAGUAUUGAUGCGCCUGCUUUGUCCCGCUGCGGUACUACUGAUGGAACGGUGUAAGGAUGUCCAAGUGGCUGCGACCGCCCGGGCCCCCCGGCAUUGCCAUCGUGGGACCAGCCCUGGCGCCGGAUCGCCACAGAUUCCAGCCCUCUUCCUCCCUGGUUUCUAUCAUUUUUUUCUAAUCCCUCCCUCUACACGCCCCCUCCUCACCCACUCCAUUUUCUCUUUUUGCCAUUUUUUCUAUCACAAAUCCUUAUCGCUGCCAAAUUUUCUGGUUGUUACAAGGUGUAGUUUUUUUUGGUUAAGAAAACUAUAUUGGAACAAGAAAAAAAAAUAAAAGAAUUUGAAUUCUGAA